AUGAUUUGCCAGUUUGGAGGACGUUUCCUUCAGGAUCCUUGGAUGGAUCUCGUCGGGCUCCAACGCGCAGAAUUGGUUGAUCUUGUGCAAGAGUUGAAGAAUGUCCUCCACAGUGAAGACCAAUCGUACCUGAGCGGAGCCGGCGGUACCGUGCUGCAGGCGAAAAUCGGCAUUGUGCAAGCAUGUGACAAUCAAGCUUCAGUUGGAACUGGUAUCCGAUGGUGGAAGAGUUGUAAGAGGAUCAAGAACAAAUCCCCCACCUCUGAAACUGCGGCUCAGCCCUCAGCACCUCCAUUUGGCCUGAAAACCGAGUUUCUGAAGGAGGAUCAGCACUCGUUUCACUUGAUAAUCCUCGGCAUUGAAGUGCCCCGAAAAGUCGGCAGGCAAAUGUCUUGCACGUCAUCGUGGAUCAAGUAUGGCAGCCUGGCCUUCCUCACUAUCCAGACUACUUGUUUGGUGUUAUUAAUGAGAGUGUCUCGAACUACCGAUGGCCCCCGUUACCUGAUUUCCACUAUAGUCGUUUGCGCGGAGGUUUCCAAGUUACUCGCCUGUAUUCUUAUGACCUUGGUCGGUGAAAAAGGUAAUUUUCACGCGGCUGCUAAAGUCAUCAUUGACCAAGUAUUUGUGAACUACUUGGACACGCUCCGUGUUCUCAUUCCAGCCGCCUUGUACGUCAUACAGAACAACCUCUUAUAUGUGGCCAUUUCACAUCUGAAUGCAGUCGCGUAUCAAAUCCUUUAUCAGUGCAAGAUAUUUACGACUGCGUUUUUCAUGGUUACUUUGCUGGGCCGGAGGCUUAUCCUUACUCAGUGGAUAGCCUUGCUCUUGUUGUUCAUCGGCAUCAUCCUCUCUCAGUGGGAUCCCGACUCUAAAUCCACCGCUCCAGGCAAGAAUGAUGUCAGUUACUCAUCCACGCUUAUUGGAUUCCUUGCCUUGGCAUGUGCUUCCUUUAGCAGUGGGUUUGCCGGCGUGUAUUUUGAAAAAAUUCUCAAGGGAACAGCACCCUCUGUGUGGAUUAGAAAUAUACAAUUAGCACUAUUCGGCAUAACUAUUGGUUUGUGCGGAGUCCACACGUAUGAUCGUGAAGCCGUUGCCAUGAAAGGAUUCUUUCAAGGCUACACACCCAUCGUUUGGGUCAUCGUCCUUCUGCAGACUUGCAGUGGUUUGGGCAUCGCGUUCGUCAUGAAAUACGCUGACAACAUUUUGAAGGGCUUCGCUGCUGGUUUGUCCAUCAUCCUAUCCAGCACCGUAUCCUACUUUGUUCUGCAUGACUUCACUCCGUCACUGACUACUCUUGUAGGAGCUGCACUUGUGAUAGGAGCAAUGGUGCUCUAUGGGUAUGUGCCACAGGUGCGGCCUCACCUCCAAAACCGCAGCGAAGUUUGAUCGGUUCGUAUCCCGACAACCCUCCUCAAAUUUGUGACCCUUCUGUCAACCGCUCUGUGAUAUCUCGAUGCUCGUGAUAGUAUUUUAUGCGCUCAACAAAAUACAGCUCUCAUGAUGU